UUCGAGUUCGACGACGUCUGGGACGCGAAGACGACCCAGGACGAGGUCUUCGAGUCCAUCGAAAAUCUCGCGGACGCGGUCCUCCGGGGCUGCUCCGCGUCGGUCUUCGCCUACGGCGCCACGGGCGGCGGCAAGACCUACACGGUCGUCGGCGAUCUGGACGGCGAGACGCCGAAGCUCGGCAUCGCCUUCCAGUCCGUGGAGACGAAGCUCAGCGUGCGCCUCAAGCCCGACGGCGGCGGCGCCCACGCGCCGGACGUGUCCAAGGUCGGCAUCGGCGACAUGGCCCACUUCUUGCGCGUCUUCGACGCGGGCAACCGGCGCCGCGCGACGUCGUCGACGUUGCUGAACGCGACGUCCUCGCGGUCCCACGUCGUCGUCAUCGUCGAGGCCGCGGGCGGCGGGCGGCUGUGGUUGGUGGACCUCGCGGGGUCCGAGCGCGUCGCGAAGAGCGGCGCGUCCGGCGAGGUGCUCAAGGAGGCCGCGUGCAUCAACCGGUCGCUGAGCGCUUUGGGCGACGUCUUCGAGGCC